GACGUCAUCUUGGGGGCGGGGGAUAUUAUUAUUUUCAAAAUGGCGCUGGGGAGCAUCCGGAUAAAUCCGACGGGGUUUAAUUAAAUUUCUUCCAGCGGCGGCGCCGAGCUCCACGUCAGGGUCGAAGAUUCUACAUUCAGACAGCAGACAUGGAGGCCGUCCGCCCGCUGUACUGAGGUGACACCGGAAAAUGGUUGCUUGUUGCUCGGAGAAGGAGUGCGGAGCUCGGCCGAGUGGCCGGCGGGAGUCCAGACCCGCAGCCGAGGCUCGUCUGGCGGCCUGAGCGGCGAUGGCAGCUCCGGGGCCGUCUGGAGGAGCGCUCACAGUCGACCUGAAUGAGAACGUGGGAGCUCCGGAGGUCGGGAAGGCUCGUGUUUUUGUGGCCGCUAACGGCUCCGUCGUGCUGAAUCUGGAGGAGCUUCUCCCCGGCCGCGGAGUGAACGGAUUCACUGAGUCAGCCGGUCAGGAGGAGCGGAGGAUGGCCGGGUGGGAAGGAGGAGAGGAGGAGGAGCAGGAGGGGCUCCGGGAGGGCGGAGGCGAAGGAGCCCCGGUGUGUAUCCGGACUGCGGUCCCCGGUGUCCGGCUGCCGUGCUUAGACGAACACCGGCAGACUGCAGACUGCUGCAACAUGACCAACGGACAGUCCGACUGCUCUACUGCCGGUCCCUUACCGGACCGGACACACCUGAAAGUAGCCAACGGUGGGUUCCAUAUCAGCACCGACAGAGACACAGACUGUUUCCCCGAAUCCAUUCUGUACGACCUGGAGCCGAGGCCAGACUCUGACGCUGGUCCCCGGUUCGGGUCUUUGUCCUGUCGGGACCCGGAGGAGGAUGCACCAGCAGCGGCCGAGCUCUCCGCCUCCUCUUGCAGCCCGCUGUCCGAACCCAGCACCGGGGCGGAUGACGAGGCCUUCCCCGGGGUCACUUUACCCACCAGACCGCAGACUUUGAGGACGAACCCCAAUCUGGUGGUUUCCCUCAGCUGCGAUGCCACCCCGCUGUCCCCGAACGACGAUGGGGGCUUUUAUUUUUUAGACGAGGACAUGCAGGACUUCCGGCAUGUUUUGGAAGCAGGUCGCAGGCAAAGUGCCCCAGACAACCUGCCAGACCUGACCGGACAGACGGACGGAUCGGAACCAAAGAUGAUGCCAAAGAGGUUCGGCCUCGCAGAGUUCUUCACCAGGAGCCUGUUUUCUCGGAAGGCCAAAGAACACAAGGCACAGUCCCAUAAUGCAACUGGGUGGCGACUCUUCAGCAAGUCAGGGGCCAGAGACGGCAGUGUGACGAAAGAGUCUGUGUCCCCACCUUCGUCGUCCACUCAGCAGGAGGGGCAGGUGAAGGCCUCAGGCCUGUCUUUGUGUCCACAGCACCUCCCAGUGGCAGGCAGGAGGAAGAACCUGGAAUUUGAACCUCUCUCCACCACAGCACUCAUCCUGGAGGACCGACCAGCGAAUCUUCCAGCAAAAUCUUUGGAGGAAACUCAGAGACACAAACUGGAGUACGAGGAGAUGGUGGCCGGCGCCAAGAGACGAGAGCUGAAGGAAGCCCAGAAGAAGAAGCGUCAGAUGAAGGAGAGACAUCGACAGGAGGACAGCAUCUCUAACGCCAUGGUCGUCUGGAACAAUGAGAUUCUACCGCACUGGGACACCAUGAAAGCAACGCGGCGAGUCAGGGAGCUGUGGUGGCAGGGACUUCCUCCCAGCGUCAGAGGAAGAGUGUGGAGUCUCGCCAUUGGCAACGAGCUCAACAUCACACCAGAGCUGUAUGAGAUCUUUCUGUCCAGAGCUAAGGAGAAGUGGAGGAGUUACAGUGAGACCAGUUCGGUCACAGACAGUGAGAGCGAUGGAGGCGCGUCGCUCGCUGAUCGAGAAUCCAGUCUGGAUCUGAUCAAACUGGACAUCUCCAGGACCUUCCCGUCCCUCUUCAUCUUCCAGAAGGGCGGGCCGUACCACGACCUCCUCCACAGCGUGCUCGGCGCCUACACCUGCUACAGGCCCGACAUCGGCUACGUUCAGGGGAUGUCAUUCAUCGCUGCUGUUCUGAUCCUUAACCUGGAGGAAGCCGAAGCCUUCAUCACCUUCGCCAACCUGCUCAACAAACCCUGUCAGAUAGCAUUCUUCAGAGUCGACCACGAACUGAUGUUGAAGUAUUUCUCAGUAUUUGAGGUUUUCUUCGAGGAGAAUCUGCCUCGCCUCUUCGGCCACUUCCAGACCAACAGCUUGACCCCUGACCUCUAUCUGAUCGACUGGAUCUUCACGCUCUACAGUAAGUCCCUCCCUCUGGACGUCGCGUGCCGGGUGUGGGACGUCUUUUGCCGGGAUGGCGAGGAGAGCUUGUUCCGGACGGGACUGGGGAUCCUGCGCCUGUACGAGGAUGUCCUUCUGCAGAUGGACUUUAUCCACAUCGCCCAGUUCCUCUCACGCCUUCCAGAGGACCUGCAGGCACAAAUGCUCUUCAGCGCUAUGGCCAACACGCUCAUGGUCAGCAGGAACCGCCGCUGGCCUCAGGUCUUCUCUGCCAUGAUGAAGGAUGGAAAUAAAGAACCAGACAAAAGCACCAGCCCAGCUCUGAGAAGCUAACAGUGGCUAACCUUGAUAUCAACACCGUCUCACUUCAGACGUAUGCCAAAGGUCAGACACGAACUUUGCAGAUCGUGCCGGCAGCCAACGUUGAUGCUAGAGCGGAUGCUUUCCAUGAACCUCGGCGCUACAUAGUCUGAUGCUAACAUUGGCUCGCUUGAAGCAGAUGUGAGCCGGUCCAGGAAGUGGAACGAGCUGGCUUCCUGUUAGCCUGCUCAGCUAGGCGCCGUUUCCUCAAACGCACAUCUGGAUCGGAGCAGGAGGUGCUCGGGGUAUUCCAGACUUGAACAGCCAGUGCCAGUAUUCAACAGCAGAGAUGAACUCUACGUUGGACUAAGAUUUGUUUUUGUGAAUCUCGGUUUUUUUGUUUGUUUGUUUUUUUGAGCCAAUAAGAGUUUGAGUACUGAAGCUUUGAGGUCACGUAUGUUAGCGGGCGGUCACAGUAGCAGUUAGCAAUGCAAUUUUUAAAAUGUUGUUCAAUCAAAUAUUAAUAAAAUUAAUUAUUUCAGUAAGUCAGCUUUUGAGCAGUUGCAUGCUAACUAGCCAAGCUAGGUAGCUAGCGAGCCAUUAUCGAGGCACGCUACUGGGCAUUUACAUGUGUAGUUCAUUAAAUCACAUUAAAAUGACACGAGAUUUGUGCCAAAAUAUUGUGUUCAGAAUGCUAGCGUGACCAUCUGAUAACAUUACGGCUCAGAGGAUAAAUGCACUAAGUGGCCAAUUGAAUGGCUGCAGCUGUGUUUGUGACGACACGGCGUCUGUUCAGCAUGUUUAACUGUUAGCAGCGUUUCCACUAACACGGAACAGGUUCCGUUCUGCUUCAUUUAUUGUUUUGAUUUGGAACCCAGAAGUUGAGUUUUCAUUAUGAAGCAGAAACGGGCCCAACUUGAAGUAGGAACAGUGAUGACAUCAUAAGUGGGCGUGUUAUUCCACAUCUCCAAAGGCUUUAUUACAAAUUAAGGAUCUGCAGUGAAUCAUAACCUCAACUUUUUAAUUUUAUGGUGAAACAAAACUGAAACUAUUAACAUUUAUUUUCAUUAUCAAUUAAUCUUUUUUUAACAAUUAAUUGAUUGUUUACUCCAAAAUCAAAAACAAUGUUCUGAAAUCCAGUUUCUUAAAUGGAUCCAUUUUAAAUCCUGUUUUUAAAAUGGAUUCAGUUUAAAUCCUGUUUCUCAAAAUUGAUCAAUUUCAAAUCCUGUUUUUAAAAUGGAUCCAGUUUAAAUCCUGUUUCUCAAAAUUGAUCAAUUUCAACUCCAGUUUUUAAAAUGGAUCCUGUUUAAAACCCGUUUCGAAAAUGGAACCAGUUUAAAUCCCCUUUUUCGAAAAUGGAUCCAUUUCAAAUCCAAUUUUUAAAAUGGCACCAGUUCAAAUCCUGUUUCAGGAAUGGCUCCAGUUUAAAUGGAGUUUCAGGAAUGGAUGCAGUUUAAAUCCAGUUUCAGGUAUAGAUCCAGUUUAAAUUGUGUUUCAGUAAUGGAUCCAGUUUAAAUCCACUUAAAAAAUGGAGCCAGUUCAAAUCCAGUUUCAGAAAUGGAGCCAGUUCAAAUGCAGUUUCAGAAAUGGCUUAGUUUACACUUGUUCCAAUUUAAAAUAAUAAUUAUAAAACUAAAAAGCUGAUGAAAUGAAGAAGAAAACAGCCUUUACAUUUCAUAAACUGGAUCAAGUUGAAAUUUGACUUUUGUUAAUAAAUGACUAAAUACUUAUCUUUUUUUUACAUAUUAAUUUUUUUUGUUGCACUAACAGACACCUGAAGCCUCUUUUGCAUCAUUAACAUUAACCUUUAAUGAGAAAAUGAGAAAUAAUUUUUUUUGUGAAUCAGAAAAAUUCUCUGCGCUUAAAUGAUUGAUGUUAUCCUCGUAGCUUGGAUUAUUUCCUGUUUUUAUCUUAAACCAGGAUGUGAUGGUACUAACCCAGUUGAUGUUUCAUAUAUAUAUAUAUAUAUAUAUAUAUAUAUAUAUAUAUAUAUAUAAGCUCUAUUAAGCUGUUACUUUAAAUAAUUUAUUGCUUAUUAGAAUCAGGAAUGAAAACUUGUAAAUCAGUUUUAAUUUAGAAAUGUUAUCAGGACUUCACUCAUUUCCAUUUGUUGAUUCUUAUCUUUAACAAGUUGAUGCUGAUGAAGUGUUUCAUGAUUUUUUUUUUUUGUUUUGUUUUAUAAAACUAAUUGUUGAGCUCAAGAAUAAGAAAUGCAAAAGUCGUUGGCGGCAGUAAUCAGAAACAAAACUGUUUUAUGCUCAGAAAGCGUCCGUUAGUUCUGUUUCUCCGCCUACGGAUCCACUUUGACGCGUGGCGAGCUGUCAUUUUAUCGUCUGGGUGAAUUCUGAUCCAUGUUCUUGAGAGUCAGGUUUCCUCUUUUUAAACAAGUUGCACCAAAAACCACUUUCAGAUUCUAAAACACCACCAGCUAAACUCAGCGCACCAGUGCCUAGGUCCUGAACCAGCUCACGUUCUAGCGAAGUGAAUAAAGACAAAACAGAAAAACAAAUUUAAAAACUAGCCCUCGGAACCCAGCAGUGGGUUUACUACAACAACUUCAAAACAACCACUAAAUACUGUUACCAAACAGCUGCCAUUCUACCGGAUCCACCACCAGAUGGCACUACAAACACCAAACAACACUGAAAGAGCAAGCACAGAUCCUAUAAUCUGACGUCAUCCAGUCAUUGGCAACCCUGAAGUUCUAAACUUUACUUCUCAAAUUCAUUUGUGUGAACUGAUGAGGCAGAAGAGUCGCCCUGCUCGCUGACGGGCCCACGCAUUGUGACUCUUUGUGCCCAGAAGCUGAAACGCUAAAUGUUGUGUGGCCAGAAAGGUGGAGGUCUGAGUGUGAAGGGACUCGGCAUCAUCAUUUUAUCUGCACUGUGGUCGGCGUCGAGGACUUCCCAUCACCCAGGUUACGGGUGUGACCGUUAGAUGAGCGGUCUACCUCAGUGUGUUAGCAGUUAAAAUACGAGUUCAGAAAUAUUCUGGGUGAUAAAUUGUGACUUAAACAUUGAUUUUUCAUUGAGUUUUUGUUGUUCGGUGGGGCUGCUGUGUUUAUUAAAAAAUAAAAAGUAAAAGUUAGAUGAGAAUGUUUCCGCUUUGUAUACAUGCUGACUGUUAAAUGUUAACAAAGAAAUAAACGCCAGUAAUUUAAGAUGGUUUUUCAUCCUACAAAACAUUUAUCAUGUUUUCUGUUCAGCCAUGUUUCAAAAUAGAUCCAAAUUUGUCAGUGCAACCCAUUUACAGCAACUUGCCCUAAAAAAAAUUUAAGGUCAUCUCUUCAAGGGAUGAAAGCCAAAAAAAGAAGAAAUUAUUAGUAAAAUCAUAGUGUAAACAAACAAAAAAUACACACCAUCUUCAACCUCUUAGUCCAAUAAAGAGUCGUGGGGGCUGGAGACAAUCCCAGCACUCAUAGAGCGCGAGGCGGGUUCAUCCAGGACAGGAUGCCAGUCUGUCCAAAUGCAAUAUACCCAUCCUGUAAUCAGUGUCUGUGUUUGAGGGUAAAAUGAAUUUAAAACUAAAUUUCUGGCAUGUCUGUAAUCUUUCUCACAUUAUAACACUUUGUUGAAGUUCCUCAGCUGCUUGGUUUAGAGAAAUUUUCACAUCAAAAAUCACACUAACAUGACUAACAUAACCUUCAGAAUAAAAGCUCUUCUGUGUACUUUCUGUAUUUAAGUUGUACUUUUUGUACAUUAUUAUUAUUAUUUUUAUUUUUUACUUUAAUGUAAAUUACUUUAGCUUUUUGUUCAGUUUCAGUGUACAGUUUUUUCACACUGCCUUACAGGUGCUGUAAAUAAACUGUAAAGUUUUUUUCAUAUAAUGGUCACAAGUUUAAAGGUGUAAAUAAAAAUAAAAUAAAUC